AAGAUCUUGUGGGCUGGAUGGGAUCCAAAGCAGAUCAUCCAAGAAGUGAGAGUACCCUUACGUGUAGGUCCCAACCAGCAACGACUCACCCGUCCAAUAGUGUUUAGGUACAUGAUUAUUUAAGAUGUAUAUUAAGAGGCAUUGAAGAGUCGUAUAUCGUCCAACGUUCAAAACUGAGCUCCCUCUCUACCUGCUUGGCAAUAGGCAAUACUCCAAGAAAUCUGACCAUGCAACUAUAUUCUUACAAACUUGAAUGAAUCACUGCUCAGUUUGUGACUCGUGGUCAGUCCGGGUGUGCCUUCCAACUUAAUUUCUCAUCACUUGUCCCUUCAGCUCGUGCAGUAAGUACUAAAGAGAGGAGCCCUUAGAGUUCAAGUGCCAGUUAAUAAAAGUGAGGCUCUUGAGACGGAUAGCAUCUCACCAGGUGAUCACGUCUUUAUCCGAGUACCCAUUUCAAUACAAUUCUGCAUCAGCAAUCUCAAAGUGCUCAGUGCUUCAGCUCUGGAAAAUUACUAACUUGUGAAAACCAAUCAAUCCUAGUUCCUAAUCAUCAAGAUCAGUGCAACUUAUUCUCAACCGGCGAAAUAAAAAAGAGCAUCUUUUGCCCAGAAUGACAGCUCACGUGAAGGAGGAAGGUGGAAAUGCCAAGCAGGGCGGAGGAGAAAGCACGUCUUUAGUUUCCACUUCAAAGAGAGCCAGGUCUUACGAGAGUCGAAAGAUUCGAAAGCCAAUUAUGGAGAGGAAAAGACGAGCCCGAAUCAAUGAGAGUUUGGAUGAGCUGAAACGGAUCCUGCUCGAAGCGAACUGUGCUCCAGCUAAAAAAGAGGGACGACCAACCAAAAUUGAUAAAGCGGACGUUUUAGAACUCACCUUAAAGCAUCUCCAGUCUCUCCACAACAACAACAGCAAUCAUCAUCAUCAUCCGCAACAACAGCACAAAAACCUACUGGCUCACUCCGUCCAGGACAAUAAUAAAUCAGCCAUCUCAGCAAACGUAACGUCUUCCACAUCACCAUCCUCUGACGCCGAAGAUGAUAAUUCCCUAAGCCGUAGCAGCUCCAACACCACCACCACGACGAGCAGCAGCAGCAGCAGUCCAGGUCUAAAAAUCGAUACAUCUCCAGCGACAUCCAAUCAUAAUCCUAAUAAUCUCACCCACAACCCCGACGACGUUACGAGCCAUGCCAAUUACACAAACAAUUCAGCGUUUGAGAAGUAUUUUCUCCACGGCUUUGAAGAGUGCAUCCGCCUUGUUGGGGAUGCAGUAAUGAGCACGAUGACGUCUUCUGCUCCUCCCAACACUACUUGUGCUUUGGACUUGCAGAAAAACUUGAAGGCUCACCUAGCCGAAUUACGCAAAAGGGGUAAAAAUGGAGGAAUACCUGUCCGAUCGUUACGUCACCAUCAUUACGUCCACCACCACCAUUCUAUGGACGUGUCACCUCCAAUACCUUCCAUGUCACCAUCAUCACCUCCCCCUCAUCCAAUAAUGGAAGAUUCCGAUAUGAGUUUUGGCUCGGGAGAUGAACAUGACACAAUGACGCUGAGAUCAUCCGACAGUCCGGCCAGCAUUUCUCAACUUUCACCAGUUUUCCCAGCCCCUCAUCAUAACAACGGCAACUCUAUUUCUGCUUGGAUGAGCUCCAACUCGACGAUGAGGCUCAAUGGAGGAUCAUCCGCAGGAGGAGCAGUACUAGUUCCGACACGAAUGCACAACGGGGAAAUCGCGUUUGUUCUUAAACCCGACGAGCAUCAGGGGGCCAUGAGGUUGAUGUGUCCGCCGAAUGAUACUAAUUAUAGCAGUGCGGGGGCAUGUUGUGUGGAUGUCAUUAGCUCUCCUUUUCCCAAGUCCUACGGUGGUGGUGGCCGAGGUGGGUACGACACGAGGAGAACUUUCACCGAAGACAAUCAUUUGGGCAUUAACAAUUCAAGGGGUCCGUGGCGCCCGUGGUGAGGUGGCAUUAAUACAAAACUGAUGGCGUUUGUUGCAUCAUUUGCCUUUCAACUCUGAAUCAUUGUCUCUUAAAUAUGUUCAAUGUCUGGUACAAUUAAAAAGCAAUUAGCAAAUGAUGGAAUUUUAAAAUGUUUGACUAUGCACAUGUAAACUACUUUGCAAUAUAAUACUGAAAUCUCUGUGAAACUGUGAUAUCUAUCUUUAGCUGGUAAUGUGUAAUAAAUGUAUUUAUGGAGCUCAAUUUUAAUAAAAUUUUGAUUUUUGCGUAUGUAUAUGUCUGCA